UAUGCACUGAAUAAAAGAUGCAGAUCGCCCUGGCCAUUCACCAACAUCCUGCUUUCAAGGAUGUAUUAAUGUGGGCAUGCUGUCAAGUUGACCAUCACGUCUAUACCUCUAGGGAAACAUGGCGGGAGCAAUGAGUGUCACUAUAUUUCUACCUUUUGCUUUGGUAGCCGUCACUCUAGGGUCCACUGGAGCCCCAAACUUGUCUUCAUUGAAGGAUACCAACAAGACUACCCCAACAUUGUCUGUCAUCACCACAGUGGUCCCUGCCUCAAAAGCCAGUAUAACAAGUCGCAUAGUCAGUGAAGCACCUGAUUCAGCUCCUACUGGUAACACUGAAGUCCCAUUGGAAUCAUCACCGACAACUGAACCUUCCCAAUCCUCUCAGACACUGACUCCAUCACAAGCAUCCGAUGGUAGCACCACCUCUACAGGUUUUACAGCUGACACUUCUACAAAUCAGACCCUAACUGGAACAACUUCUCAUGACUCCACAUCCUCAAACUUCUCGUCAACUUUGUCACCAAACUCUGAUUUUACCACAGGGAACAUGAGCUCAAGCACAGCUUUACAAAGUGAUGGGAGCCAUGACUUAUCAAGGAGUCCGGGUCUUGUAGCAGUCCUAUGCAUAUUUUGCAUCUGUCUGGGUCUUCUACUGGCUGUUGGGAUUGCAAAGUUCAUUAAUUCUAGAGGUUCAAAGUUUGAGAGGCUCGAAGAUGUGCCAAUGGGCAAGAUGAAUGAAGAGUCUCCAUUUGCCCGUUAUCCAACGAAACAAUUCUGAAAGAUAACACAUCAUGAGACAAAGCCAUUGACCCAGAACUGAUAGAAUGUAAAUCAGUCUUUUGUUUGGGUUCAGAUGGUGCCGUUCAUGACAUGUCAUCCACCAUCAUGUUUUUUCCUGUCUUUGUUUGUUUUGUCUGGCUGCUGGAAAGUGACAAAUGUUUGAAAGAAAUCAGUAUAGCCCAAGGGCUACAAUCAACCCUGUGAUGUAGUACGGAAUAUCUACUCUGAGGUUGGUCAGCAGCAUACUAAAGUUGAUCAUUGGCCCAAGGUGAAGUACUAUUCAUUCACAGAUGGAUGGAUGCGUCAAGAACCAUAAUGUAGAAGAUGCACAGACAAUGGCUGCGCUUACACAGGCAGCCCAAUUCUGCUCUUUUGUCCAAUUAUUGCAAAAAGAUCAGAUCUGAUUUGUCAAAAGCCCAAUUAUUGGCAAAUGUACAGAAUUGGGUUAUCUGGAAUUCUACGUCUGGUAGAAAUGUGUUUGGAUAAGGAAAGUUUCCUCUCAUAACCUCUACAAGACAGCAUGUUAAAUAAAACAACAUUUAAAUUUACUGAAACUAGGGGUCAUGGCCAGAUUAGAAAAUGGGGUCCUGAGAGAAACUCCAAAAUGUUUAUUGCAUAUUGUUUAUUGCUUAUUGCCAGAUGAUCUUCUGAACUUCCCAAUACCUUUUUGAUGCAUUUCAGUCACUUCAAACCAUACUUCCAUCAGAUUUGAAUAAUGUCAAAAGUACUGUCCAACUGAUUUGUAAUAGACUGUCAUAGCUUCAAUUUAAAAAGUAAACAUUGGCCGUUGAUUACAUCACCUUUUUAACAUUUUAUCUAAUGGGGUUAGCUGCCUAAAAAGUUUGGGAAACCAUACUCUACCCGCUGUUGGUUCUUUUGACCUUAGGAAUGCCAGACAAUAUAUCCGCAGGAAAGUAUAAUCCAAUAAAGUUACCAAAGCACUGGUAGUGCGUUCCGAUUUCUAUCACCUGAUGCAUGCACCGAACUAUGUAAACGCGUGCAUGAGCUUGGCAAGUAUCAUGCCUGUAUUUGCGUCUUGUGGCAUGCUUCAAGUGAUUAUAGAAUGCUUAACCUCCUACCAGCACUUUGAAAAGUUUAUUUAAUUAUACUUUACUGUGGAUGUCUCACAGUCCUACUUGCAAAAAGACCACCCGCAUGGACAACCGGUAAAGUAUUUUAAAAUAAACCGUUUACUCCAAACAGAAGACGCAAACGAUAGUUUCUAUUGGACAAUUCGUGUAUUCGUUUCGUUCCUUUUGCACUGUUUGCUUCCGUUUUGUUUUAAAUGGCAAACGGUUUCUAUAAUGAAUACGCCCCCGUGUAAAUGCAGCCAAUGUGUCAGGUAUCAUUAGAAAUAAAGCUGCUCCAAAUUCUCUGCUUCUUGAAAAUACUCAAUGGCCUAAUUUUUGUAUGGUUUGAAUUAUGUUUUCUGUUCUCCAGACGUGUUAUAUAUAUAUUUAGGGGUAGGGUUAUAUAAAUUGUUAUUCUAAGACACAUUUCUUUAAGUGACCCACAAACAGCUAGUCAAUAGAACAAUUUUUUGUUUUGUUUACCUGUGUUAACUAAAGUAACGCUAUGACAACAACCGGGAAAAUUGACAAUAAUUAGGUCGCUUUCUCAAUAAACUCCAGGCUUGUUGUCAUUGACAAGACGGUGAAGUUAGAGCGAAAAAAACGAUUUAGCUGCUCACUGUUCAGCUUCCAGCCUCCCAUAAUUUGACUGAACUGCGUGUCCUGCUCCGUUGCACGCGAACAUUGUUUACAGCCACAAACAUUUCCUGGCAUGUGACUGAACGCAGUUCGCAACGACAGCAGCACGGACAGAGUUUCAAGUCUAAAAAGCAAUAAUAAAAAAAGUACGGUGAUAAAGACAACGAACUUCAAUGAAGAAACAGAACUACAUUUUCCUUCAUAAGCUGCAGUUGUUGGUGUCUUUCUUAUCUGAAAUACUAAAGUCGACCAAAGCUGCGGUCUUGCCACACCGGGUGAAGGCGUCCCAGAGCUUCUGUGUCAAUGUCUUGGCUGUUGGCUGAGAGUCUGAGGGACUCUCUACCCACGGCCAACCUCAGCUAUGCAGUGCGGCGGCGUUUCUCAGGGACAAUACUGCUGCCCCCACUGUCUCGGCGCCACUCCACCCACACCCAGGACCACCGCAGGCUGCUGGACCUGGAGGCCCUCUACAGGAAUGCCCUUGCCAGUGUGGCUGCCACGAGCCUGGAGACCAUCAACAACUCCAAUUUUGAUGUGGAGAAUGGGCUGCCGGUGGGACGCAGCCCUCUGGACCCCCAGGCCAGCCCCAGCUCCGGCCUGGUCCUGCAGGCCAACUACCCCCACAGCCAGCGCCGCGAGUCCUUCCUCUACCGCUCCGACUCAGACUUCGACCUCUCACCAAAAGCCAUGUCCCGCAACUCCUCCAUGGCCAGUGAGCUGGAAGAGGGCUUGAAGCACUGGGAAGUCGGUUGGCUGCCGCGACAUGGAGAAGACAUGAUUGUGACACCAUUUGCACAGGUGCUCGCCAGUCUCCGAACAGUCAGAAGCAACUUUGCCGUCAUAACUCAUCUGCAGGAUCGGCCCAACAGGCGGCCGUCAGGCAGCAACACUCCCUCAAUGCCUACCCAUACCAAUCCAAGCAUACCAGAGGAGCCCUACCAGAAGCUGGCCAUAGAGACACUGGAGGAGCUGGACUGGUGUCUGGACCAGCUGGAGACCCUGCAGACCCGUCACUCAGUCAGCGAGAUGGCUUCCAACAAGUUCAAAAGAAUGCUGAACAGAGAGCUCACCCAGUUGUCAGAAACCAGCCGGUCAGGAAACCAAGUCUCAGAGUUUAUCGCCAACACUUUCCUAGAAAAGCAGCAAGAUGUGGAGAUUAUGUCUGGGCCUCUUAAAGACAAGGACAAGAAGAAGAGGCCCAUGUCCCAGAUUGUUGCGGUGAAGAAACCUGCCCUCAGCCCCAGCCUUGCCCCUACCCAGAUCCCCCGCUUUGGGGUCACCACGCUCCAUGAGGGUCUACUGGCAACGGAAUUUGAAGACAUCAACAGAUGGGGUCUAGAUAUUUUCAAGAUAGCUGAAUACUCGGGGAAUCGGCCUUUGACCGUGGUGAUGUACUCCAUUUUCCAGGAGCGAGAGCUGCUGAAGAACUUUAAGAUCCCAGCCGACACCUUCGUCACCUUCAUGAUGACCCUGGAGGACCACUACCACACCGACGUGGCCUACCACAACAACAUCCAUGCUGCCGACGUGGUACAGUCCACUCACAUCCUCCUCUCCACCCCUGCCCUGGAGGCUGUCUUCACUGACCUGGAGAUCAUGGCUGCUCUGUUUAGCAGUGCCAUACAUGACGUGGAUCACCCCGGAGUGUCCAACCAGUUCCUCAUCAACACAAACUCUGAGCUGGCUCUGAUGUACAACGACGCCUCUGUCCUGGAGAACCACCACCUGGCCGUGGGCUUCAAGCUGCUGCAGGAGGACAACUGUGACAUCUUCCAGAGCCUCAGCAAGAAACAGGGACAGUCCCUCAGGAAGAUGGUCAUCGACAUGGUGUUGGCCACUGACAUGUCCAAACACAUGAACUUCCUGGCUGACCUGAAGACCAUGGUGGAGACCAAGAAGGUGACCAGUCUGGGAGUGCUGCUGCUGGACAACUACUCAGACCGCAUCCAGGUCCUGCAGAACAUGGUUCACUGUGCUGACCUGAGUAACCCCACCAAGCCACUGGACGUCUACCGCCAGUGGACGGACCGCAUCAUGAUGGAGUUCUUCACCCAGGGGGACAGAGAGAGGGACAAGGGCAUGGAGAUCAGCCCUAUGUGUGACAAACACAAUGCCUCUGUCGAGAAGACCCAGGUGGGAUUCAUAGACUACAUUGUCCACCCUCUGUGGGAGACGUGGGCAGACCUGGUCCACCCUGACGCCCAGGACAUUCUGGACACGCUAGAGGACAACCGGGAGUGGUACCAGAGUAUGAUCCAGCGCAGCCCCUCACCCACCCUCGAGGACAGGGACCUUGACGGGGGGCCAGGGGCCCUGGAGGCCAUGGCGGGGGGCUGCUGCACCUCCACAGGGGACAAGUUCCAGUUUGAACUCACCCUGGAGGAGGAGGAGGAGGGCGACGUCGAGUCAGACCUGGAGAGCUCACCCGAGGAGGAGAUGUCACUGGGGGGAGAGACUUCUAAGAAGACCCCGGCCCUGUCUCAAUCCCCAGAGCCCAGCAGCAGCAGCAACACCAGACACCGGCCCCCCUCCCCUCACCCUGGCCGGGCCCUCAGUCUGACCACCAUGUCAGUUAGGAGCCCCGGCCAUCUCAGGACGUUGAGCCCCGGACUGGACGGGGACGACAGAGAUGAUAUGGACAGAGAACUGAGUCAGGAAGGUAAUAGCGUAGCGUACCUACGGCUUGGCACGUAACACCAACCCUAGCCCACCCAGCACCUCAUUCAGUCCCUGCCUUGGUUCGUGGGUCCCAGCAGCAAUUGGACGUGCAUGGUGGGUUUUUUGACAACAGUCUGUAAUGACAACAGUCCCUUUACACUGAAGACACCUUUACACUGACCACUUUCCCUCCGUUUAAUCUUGAAGAACAAGAAGUAUCGUUAUAUCCUCUUUUUUUCUCCUUCUGUAAAUUGAUUCUAGGGGUAAAGUGUCAGAAACAGACUGCUGUAUAUGUCUAGCUGAUCAAAGGUAGAACUAAUUAGAUGGCUAACCAGUCUCACCAACGUCUCCUGAUGGAGCAAGGAAUUCUACUGAGAAAAUGUCUUCCUCAAAAUGAUGGAAUAUAGAUCUAUUCAAUGGAAUAUUGUAAGGAUUGUGAUCAAUUUACAGGGUCUUAGAACUGUUGCACCAUACAAUUAGGGAGAUUAUAUUUGUUUGAAUUCAGUAAGCAUAAACUAGUAUAUUUUAUUUAGUUUCUGAGAGUUCUGUGAAUGAUAAGUUUAACCAAAUCCAGUAUGUACCUGAAUAGUGAGAUAAUUGUGACUUAAAACCUCAGGGUAUGGAGAGAGAAAUGAUUUUAAUGUAGCACAGACUUCUUGGGUGCCCCUUAACCUAGACUGCCUGUUUCGAGUUUUGUCGCUAACGGCAAACGUUUCUUAGAACUUCAAGAGGUUCAAGUUACACAAAAAUACAUAACUGAUUGACAUGUGUCUGGGGCCCUCUAUUGAUCUAAAUGAAGAGUUUGAGAACUAAAGCAAGUUAAUAAGUAUGGAGUAAGAAACAAACAGUACCAGUAUAAUUAUAUACAGUGGGGUCUGAAAUUAUUGACACCCUUGAUACAGAAUAAUUUAUAGGAAAUCUUUAGGGGUGUCAAUAAUUCUGACCCCUACCUUUUAGGGGGGGAAAAGUCAUUUUUUAGCACAAAAUAUAGCUCAGUAUUUUUAUUAUUUAUUUUAUACAGUCAGUAUUGCUAUUCUUUAUCAAGGGUGUCAAUAAUUUCAGACCCCACUGUAUACAAGUCAAGCAUUUAAACAUUUCCUGAAGUACUGUGGUUGAUUGGGUUGUUUUAAAUCUAGACAAACACCACCACUACACUCAUAUUCGUAACAUUGUAUUUGUUUUCAUGGGGUCAUGUUUUACGUUUGUGUCACAUUUUAAAAUAUGAUAUGAAAUGGUUGUUUUCUUUUA